AGGGCGCGAGGAGGAGCGCGCAGCGGAGCACGGGCGCAGCAUGACUGCCAUCGCGGUGCAGGCCCAGAGGCUGCUGGCCCGGCGGAGGCCCCAGCGGCCCUUCUUGGAAUCCUUCAUCCGGGUCCUCAUCAUUGUGUGCGCCGCCCUGGCCCUGGUCCUCUCCUCCGUCUCCAUCUGCGAUGGCCACUGGCUGCUGGCUGAGGACCGCCUCUUUGGGCUCUGGCACUUCUGCACUUCCUCCAACCAGACGGGGCCACGCUGCCUCAGAGACCUGAGUCAGGCCCACGUGCCCGGGCUGGCCGUGGGCAUGGUCCUGGCCCGCAGCGUGGGCGCCCUGGCUGUGGUGGUCGCCAUUUUGGGCCUGGAGCUCCUCAUGGUGUCCCAGGUGUGUGAAGACCUCCACUCACGGCGCAAGUGGGCUGUGGGCUGUGUCCUCCUCCUCGUCUCUUUCAUCCUCUCGUCCGGGGGGCUCCUGAGUUUCGUGAUCCUCCUCUGGAACCAGGUCACGCUCAUUGGUUUCACCCUGAUGUUCUGGUGCGAGUUCACGGCCUCCUUCCUCUUCUUUCUGAAUGCCAUCAGCGGCCUUCACGUCAACAGCAUCACCCAUCCCUGGAGCCAACCGAGGGAGUUUUAGGCCUCCCUCCUAAAUCCGAGGACGUCAGGUUCUACAAGAAAGUGUGGUCAAGACGGGACUUUUUCAACACGUGACCUCUGAUGGGGGUAGGGGUGGGACUGUGACCUUGAAACUGCUGCUGCUUAGUCCAUAACAUUUUGGUGGUUGGCCAGAACCAGCCCAGUGGCCUUUGCAGCUGGCCUGCAGAGGUCAGGAGCGUCCCUAGGGCCACCAGCUGCACAGCCUUAGCCAAGUUAUUAGGAUGUUGAUUUUAGAAGUUAACACAUUUUAAGACUCUUUUCUUGAAUCCUUCUUCCCAGGAUGGGACUAGAUUAGGAAGCAGCUUGGGUGACUGGUGCCUGGGCUGGCUGCACAGCUAAGUGAAGUUCACCCUUGUUUUAUUGACUGUGUGCCAGGAUAGGGGCAGGUGGGUCCCUGGGAUCCCCUGGGGUUGCCCAGAGCAGAUCAUUCUUCCAGCUAAGCAUAUCCAGUCAGUGCCUAGGACUUUCUUCCACCAGCCCAAAGGACCUCUGUGCACCUUUCCUUGCUAUAGCUUUGGUCAUGUUAUUGAGGAUUCCCUCAAUGUCUUGCACAUAAUAGGUUUGUAAACCAUUUGACUUGAUUUGAACCCUGCCUUUGCGGUGGGGGGGGGGGGGCAUAAUCCAUGAAUAACCUCAGCCGCCAGCAGCCAGCCAUCUCUGCUGUCUGUGGGAAUCCUGCCUUAAUUCUUCGAACCAGCUUCCCAGGAUGGCCCACCAACCUUCCAAUACACAGUCCUCCCUGAGGCGAGCAUGUGUGCGUGUCUGUCUUUGGCAAGGGUCAGACGGCCUCAAGGUACCAUUUUUGGCUCCCAGAGCACAUAUCUGGACCUGCUGGACUCCAGGGGGUAAAGGGAACUUGCCUACACUUGUAAUGAUUACCACCCGCCCUGGGGAUGAGUGCAGGUGAAGGGGACCAGGAACCAGUGGAGACUUCCAUCCUUGCUGGCAAAUGUGCGUUUUUGUGCAGCCAAUUGCCCCCUUCCCAGCUUCUUUUCUGCCCAGUAGCUUCAACCAUUUCAUUCCACACUAGCCCCUUCCCCCUCCACCUGGUCCAUCCUGGCUGCUGGUCACUGUAUGGGUUUUUGGUCUCUUGCCCCACCCUUAUUACUGCAGGUGCCCUUUCUGGGUGCUUCUAUCUAUCCCUUGUGGCUUUUUUUUUUUUUUAAUUUUUUAAACUUGAAGUUUAAAAGCACAAGUGAGGAAGGGGUGGAGAGAAGGAGAGACAGAAUGCUGAGCAGGCUCUGCGUUGGCUCUCAGCACAGAGCCCGAUGCGGGGCCCCAACUCCUGAACCGUAAGAUCAUGACCCAAGCCCAGAUCAAGACGCUUAACCAACUGAGCCACCCAGGCACCCCCCUGUGGCUUUUUAAAAACUUCUAUUUCCAAAUGCAUGUGGAGUCCAUGGAGAUCAAGAAAGAUGUCAUGGGCCAACCAGUUUUUCAGAGAGCAGAGCUCAUCAACCUUACAGGCUGGGUUCUUGGCCCUGGAAAAUAAGCACCUGGGCUUUCAUUCCAGAAACCGUUCACAAGGUACAAAGGGGUGACUUCCUUGUCUCUGCAGUGGGGAGAUGCAGGGGUGGGAGGCCAGGGCCCAGGAGGGGACAGCACUUGUCCAAGGUCACCCACCAGCAAGACGCCUUUUCCUUUAUGUUGGGGCUUUCUGUCCGGAAUGCUUUCCCCUGAACACUAAUAGGCUGUGUUUUGUAAAAGGGUUCAAAUAGUCCUGUUUAAUCCUCACACGGCUGGUGGGAGAGGGAGUGCCAAUAAUUUUAGUUCCAGGAAACUAAAGUCCAAAGACAAAAAGGGGAGACAGAUCCCCAUGGGACAGGGAGACAGGCCCUUGCCCCCCUGCCUAGGAGUGAAGACAGACACAGCCUUGGAGCACAGGGAUUUGAACCCAAAAGCCCUGGACUGAACUUGUGCCCCUGCUUGCCGAGUAUCUUGGGCAAGUCACAGGACCUUCGUGAACCUGUUUCUUUUUCGGCCCAAUGGAAUCCUGCCCCCUUCCUGGCUAUUCUGCCCCUUGGGCUGCAGGUGACUGUGAAAGAGGAGGCACGGGAGGGUGCCUUGUACCCUGUUGGGUUAGUAAAAGGAAGCUGGGGGUCUUGGCGUCUCUCUUGGCUUCACUGACAUGGUCAGGUUAAUCCAGUUGUCUUGAGGCUCUAGGGUAAGAGCUACUGGACAGGUGAGUUGUAGUGAGGGGUAAGGAGGGUCCAUCUAGGGCCAAGGGUCUUGACUGCCAU